AUGUUUAUGAAAAGAUGUUCUCCAGUCCUCAACACUUUCAGUGGAGUUGGCGAACCACCGCUGCCAAUUUUGAGGGAAUACUUCAGAACCUCGCUGAACCGGCAAGGGCCACCAGCUCCUGAACUCGAAUACAUUCACAAACCGAAAUAUGCGGUUAAAGAGGUCCUGGUCCGCAUUCAGGAGAUGGAAAAUCAAAAAUCUGGCGGAGACCUCAAAAUUAGCGAAGUAUUUUUCGGAUGUACAACAUCGUUUGAGGUGGUAACUGGAGUAAGACAAGGGACAGUGGCAGAACUCUUCCCCCAUGUUCAACUUCGUCAUCGAUUAUAUCAUGGGGAGAACAGUCGACCAAUGUCCUCAGACUUCGUCCUAGCACCAAUAGUGUGCUCCUUCACCGAUCUCGAGUAUGCCAGCGAUAUUAUUAUAUUCGCGGAAAACAGUACGAAACUUCAAAAUGUUGUCAUCCUUGUAUCGAAGCCUAUGGAUUACGUCUACGGUCUGAUGGAUACAAGCACAUGUGGGUUCAUUGGAAACAACACAGCUUCGAGAAAGAUACUCAGCAAAGAUGCGCUAAGGCCGCUUUUGCAUCCACCUUCUUAA